GCGGAGUUGCAGAGAAGAUGGCGAGCGGCAUCACUGUGAUUACACGAGGGUUGAAGACUUCUGCAAUUCGCAAUGGCACCGUCAAACAUCUGACUGUCAUUGGAAGUGGAUUGAUGGGGGCUGGUAUAGCACAGGUGGCAGCUCAGACUGGCCACGAGGUAACCAUGGUGGACAUGUCUCAGGAUAUUGUGGAGAAGGCGAAAGGCAAUAUCCAGAAGAGUCUUCAGCGGGUUGCAAAGAAGAAGUUUGAAGACGAUUCGAGGGAUCCAGAACAAGUUUGUAACUGAAACUCUGGGAGGCUGAGUACAGACACAGAUGCUGUCAAGGCUGUAGCCAGCUCUGACUUGGUGAUAGAGGCCAUUGUGGAGAAUAUUGAAGUCAAGAGGAAACUGUUCAGUUCUCUGGACAAAGCUGCACCUGCCCACACCAUAUUCACCAGCAACACCUCGUCUUUGCCUAUUGGUGAGAUAGCAGUAGCCACGGAGAGGAAGGACAAAUUUGGUGGCUUACAUUUCUUUAACCCCGUCCCUGUCAUGAAGCUCCUGGAGGUCAUCCGGAUACAAGAAACAAGUGAAGAAACAUUUAAUACAUUAUUAGAGUUUGGCAAAAAUCUGGGCAAGGCAACAGUUAACUGUAAAGACACUCCAGGCUUCAUUGUGAAUAGACUUCUGGUCCCAUACAUGAUGGAGGCUGUCAGAAUGGUUGACAGGGGUGAUGCCAGUGCCAGGGAUGUGGAUACAGCCAUGAAGUUAGGGGCAGGCUACCCCAUGGGACCUAUAGAACUGUCUGACUAUGUUGGCUUAGAUACCUGUAAAUUUAUAAUUGAUGGCUGGCACAGGAAGUAUCCUGACAACCAUUUGUUUGAGCCGAGUCCUUUGCUGGACAGACUGGUGGAAUCAGGCAAGUUUGGAAGGAAGAGUGGAGAAGGCUUCUAUAAAUAUGAGAAAUAACUACAUGUGUAAAUUAAUGCUUUGUAAUUCCUCAUCAGCUGUGUUUAUAUUCCAGACCCAGAGUGCCAUAACAAUGUUACUGCAACAUACAUGUAUAAAAUCCUGUUUAGGGAAAUCUAAAGCAGUGAAAUGUCUGCUUUAGGAUAUUCUUUGAUAAUCAUGCAUAUACUACAUGUACACAGGAAAUAAAUGAAAAAAUAUCACAAAUUGAUGAUUUUCGUAUGUUGGGAUUUGUUAUUGAUCUUCAGUGUGUGACAUUUGUUUGUUUAGUUUGUCUUGAAUUAGUUUUACUGAAUGAUUUGUACAAGUGGCCAAAAACUGGCAAUGAUUGUCGUUCUUGGUCUAUGAAAUUUAUGAUCUUGAUAAAGGGUAUUUCUAAACUUAGGUGCCAGAAUUGUCCUAGUAGAUUUUUCCUAACAUCACUUAUUAGGCAUUUCAACUUAAAGUCGCUUUAUCCUGAAAGUGGUGCUUCAGACCAUUUAACAUGGAAGUUGAUGAUAGAACACAAGAGAGUGGGCUGCCCAGUGAUUAAAACUGCUUGCGUCUCCUCACUAGCACACAAGGUGCGGGUUGAAGCAGCCAUGGAUAGAGAUUGUUUAGAUUCCCCACCCUCACUGAUUGUGAG